AUGAUUCACCAGCAUCGGCAACAAGAGAGAGAGAGAGAGAGUCAGAGAGAGAAGAAGAGCCAUUGUAUGCAAGCAGGCAUGCAUUGCAGGUACAUGCUGACAAUAGAUUUGUCUGACAUGUAUUGGUCUGACAUUAUUCUCUUUCUUCUCUCUCGCUGUCUCUCUCUCUCUCUCUCUCUCUCUCUCUCUCUCUCUCUCUCUCUCUCUCUCUCUCUCGGCUGCUGGCAAGGAGAAUGGGCGAGGGGCGCGAGGCACGGACGACACCGCAAGGCGCUUAAAAAAGCACUCGAUGGGGUCGAGAGGGCGCUGACACAGCCGAAAUCAUCAACACCGGAUACUGCGUUAAAGCGAUGCGUGGAGCUGGGGCAACAACUGGGCUGUGUUGAAGAAAUGGCUGCAGCGCUGACUGAAAUUGCACAAGCCUUUCAAGGCACUCAGCCAGCACCCGUGGCCUCCUCUGCUGCCGCUGCUGCCGCUGCAGCAAAGCAGCAGCCCCACUGGCAACACGACCUGGCCUUGGACAGUACCAAUCCUCGCUACGCCCACGUCUCCCAGCUCCUGACAGAAGCUCCUGACGUAGCGGAAUACGCCCACGGCCUAGCGCUGACGCUCCAACGCCAGCACUACGUUGUUGUUGACCGCGUCCUUGAUGAUCAUGUGCUGCGCCAAUUCAUUCACGAGGUCAAAUCUGCUCACCGUGACGGCAACCUCAAGCCGGGGCAGCUGGCAGGUGGACGAGCGGGUGCAAACACCAAAUAUGUCCUCGGGCAUGUUCGCGGUGAUCAGGUUGGAUGGUUCAAUCAGGAUCCCUGUCACGAUUCAAGUUCUGGGCGCGCUGAACUCGCCAUCACAGAAGAGACGGCUUCCGAUCCCACGCCCACAACAGAAAGCGCUCAAGCCGACCGUAGUCAACCACGCUGCUGGCAGGGAUCCGGUCUCCGCGCCUUCACCAGUCGCAUGAACACGCUCGUGCAGCUCAUUGCCGCGUUCGUACCCGAGCUUCAGCGAAUCGAGUCGCGUUCCGAAGCCAUGAUUACUUGCUAUCCCGGCAACAGCACCCGCUACAUUCGCCACUGCGACAACCCGCACCGUAAUGGCCGCAAGCUUACCGUCCUCUUUUAUCUCAACGAAGAGUGGCAACCCGGGGAUGGUGGUGAAGUGCGCCUCUUUGUGACCCCGGACGAACAUCAACACGCUGCAGCCCCCGCAGAUAGUGACGAUGAGACGGAAGCCUCGGCAUCUCCCACUCCCUCUGGUAGUGUGGAGCAGGCCGUCACCAUCCCUCCUCGAGCCAACACCAUGGUCAUAUUUUUUUCGGACCGCCGCGUACCUCAUGAGGUGCUACCAACAAACGUGCCAAGGUUUGCUGCCACGCAUUGGUUCUAUGAUGCUGAUGAACGCGCAGAGGCCGAAGCUUCGGCCGGCACAGCGUUUGAGUUGGAUCAACAGAUUGAAGAAGAGCGAAUUCGACGUGAGAUUGAAAAGUUCGAGGCCACUCAGGCACAGGCCCAGAUGGUUCCUGCGAAAAAUCAGGUGAACAGCCCAAGAGACGAGCCAAUGGCCAGUGACGUCAUUGCUGCCGCUGCCACAGGCGGCGCGUCUCAUAAUAAGCCAGCCAUGACUGCCGCGACUACGGCAGCAGCAUCCACCACCGCAGAUUUGGGUAUGACGUCUGACAGCGGCCGCGACGAAGCCACACCCGUGUCCGCCCCGGUUGGCAGCCCUAUCGAAAGCGCAUCGGACAGUCCGGGGCACACUCCGACAGCCUGGUCCCAUCGCGUGCAAAAAAGCGACGACGCCCUCAUUGUGCGCGUGGACACCGAUGGUUUGCCCGUUGAGGUUCAUGUGGACAACGAGCAGUAUAUAUCUAUAACCGUCAAAUCUCAAGCACCAGGAACUUUGAGCACGCGCAGCCCCCUAGUGCUAGAUGCCAAAGCCCUGGGUAUGGACGCGACGACGCUAUCAGUGAAACAUAUUGCCAAAUCAGGCGUCAUCAAGCUGAAGGCCCAGGCUUUGAGGCCUGGAAACACAUGA